AUGUCUAAAUUCGCAAGUCUUGUAGCAGGGGCGUUGUGCCUCAGCCGCGCCAACGCCAACCUCAACCAACUUGCGCAAUCAGCUGGGAAGCUUUACUUUGGCUCUGCUACGGACAACGGUGAGCUCUCGGACAGCGCCUAUGUUGCUAUCUUGUCCAACUACGAAGAGUUUGGACAGAUCACACCUGGCAACACACAGAAAUGGGAAUAUACGGAGCCCACAGAAGGUGACUUUACAUACACCGAAGGUGAUGUGAUUACGGAUUUUGCAGAAGCCAAUGGACAGAUUCUUCGCUGCCACAAUUUGGUCUGGUAUAAUCAGCUUCCUUCUUGGGUAACAUCGGACACCUGGACCAAUGAGACCUUGACUGCGGUCGUGCAGGCUCAUAUUGAGAGCGAGGUUGGUCACUACAAAGGCCAGUGCUACGCCUGGGAUGUAGUGAACGAGGCGUUAGACGACAAUGACCCUACUGGGUAUCGUACGGAUGUCUUCUACGAGACGAUGGGAGUAUGGUAUAUCCCACUUGCCUUCGCAACAGCAGCAGCAACGGAUCCCGACGCCAAGCUCUACUAUAACGACUACAACAUCGAGUAUGCCGGCAACAAGGCAACGGCAGCGGUCGAGCUCGUCCAGAUGGUGCAGGCGUACGGUGCCAAGAUUGAUGGGGUUGGCCUGCAAGGCCACUUCAUUGUUGGCGAGACUCCCAGCGAGUCGACACUCCUUGCCCAGAUCGAGACAUUCGCCGCCCUCGGAGUCGAGGUCGCAUAUACCGAGGUCGACGUGCGCUUCACAAGCCUCCCGCCUACCACCGCUGGUCUUGCGCAGCAGGCGACCGAUUACGGCUCAGUGACCAGUGCCUGCCUUGCCUCGGAUGCGUGUGUGGGCAUUACUGUCUGGGACUUUGACGAUGCGUACUCGUGGAUCCCGAGCACGUUCUCGGGCGAGGGCGACGCAUGCCUCUACUGGGCCAACCUGACUACCAAGCCUGCGUACGAUACUGUCGAGAGCCUGCUCGCCUCUGCCGCGGGCACGACAGUUGCUGCUACGAGUACAGCCACUGCGACGGUUACGGUGGGGACGACAAGCACGACGACUGGGGCGAGCGCUACGGCCACGCAGACUCAAUACGGUCAAUGUGGGGGAGAUGGUUACACUGGUCCCACUGUGUGUGCCUCGCCAUACACUUGUGAAUACUUCAGUGAAUACUACUCGCAGUGUCUCUAG